AUGGCGUCCACGGCUGCGGGUAAACAGCGGAUACCGAAGGUGGCGAAGGUGAAGAACAAAGCUCCGGCAGAGGUGCAGAUCACAGCCGAGCAGCUUUUGAGAGAAGCUAAAGAGAGAGAGCUCGAGCUUCUCCCACCGCCACCCAAACAGAAGAUCACCGACCAGGAGGAGCUGAAUGACUACAAACUCAGGAAAAGAAAGGCCUUUGAGGACAACAUCCGAAAGAAUCGCACAGUCAUCAGUAACUGGAUUAAAUACGCACAAUGGGAGGAGAGCUUGAAGGAGGUCCAGAGGGCCCGGUCCAUUUACGAGCGAGCGCUGGACGUAGAUCACCGCAACAUCACUCUGUGGCUGAAGUACGCCGAGAUGGAGAUGAAGAGCCGGCAGGUGAACCACGCCCGCAACAUCUGGGACAGAGCCGUCACCAUCCUGCCUCGAGUCAACCAGUUCUGGCUGCCUAACGGCGUGCCCCUGCAGGCCUUCGUGGCCCGGGCGGACGGCGAGGUCGUGGGCGUCGUCGUCAUCCGGGACGAGCAGGAGGUUGAGUACCUGCGCGGCCGCUACAACGUGGAGAACUUCAUCUACUUCAGCCACCACCGCUACGAGGAGCACGCCCUCCUGCUGCACUUCGCCCUCACAACCUCCUUCCAGCAGUUCGCCAAACAUCUGUUCAAGGAGGUGCUGCGGCUCGCCCACAAGUCCUGCCUCUACCACCGGCUGCACCCCCCCCACGGCCCAAGGCAGAAGGGAACGCCAUCAACAGAGAAAUCCAACGCCUUCUGCAUUAAUUACCUGUUCAUGGACAAGAAAUACGAGACUAGCCCUCACCUGAGGUUCAACAACCUGGUUCUCAUCUCAACGCACGGUUUCCCCGGCAACGGCGAUGAGGAGGAGGACGUCGGAUUUUUGUCGACAAGCUACGCGUACAGCCGGAGGGACCUGGCCUCCGUGCCCCUCCUGGCCUGCGUCAGCGUGCUGACGGGGAAGAUGGUGGCCAUCAACAGGAAGUCCAAACACGUCCGGACAUCGGCCGGCCUGAAGGUGCCCUACGACCACCUGGUUCUGACCACAGGCCUGCAGUACCAGAGGCAGAGCUCCUCCAGGAAGGCCAGGCCGGUGUCGGAGGCCCCCACCACCACGAUCCUGCUGUUCACCGUGGACUUGGGCUCCAUGCUCAGCUUCCUGCUGAUGAGGCUGAGGGCGAACGGGGGCUGA